AUCCUACCUGGCACUGAUGCUGACCUGACUGAUGCAACCUCCGUGCUGGCAGCAGAGGGCGCCCCAGCAGAGGAAGCAGAGAAGGAGGUGGAGGCCGCGCUCCCUGCUGGGGAAGGAGCAAGUUUAGAGGAGCCCAAGGCUGAUACCGAAACUGCAGAGGUUGCAGACAGUGACAGAGGUCAACAAGAGGAAACAGAAGCGGCAGCGCCUCAGGAGAAGGUCAUCCCCGCGGUCAUCAUAGAGCCCGCUUCCAACAACGAAGAGGAGGGAGCACACGAAAUCAUGACAGGUGCAGAGUCCCAGGAGGCGACUCCAGACUCGGCCCUUCCAGGCCCCCCCAGCGAGGUGCCCGAGCCGGCUGCUGAGCAGAAGGCCCCUGAGGACUCCCAGCCCGAGCCCUCCGCUCCGCCUGCGAGCCAGGCCUCUCAGGAACUGCCUCCCGGCUUCCUCUACAAGGUGGAAGCACUGCACGAUUUCGAGGCAGCAAAUUCUGAUGAACUUACCUUACAAAGGGGUGACGUGGUGUUGGUGGUACCCUCUGAUUCGGAAGCUGACCAGGAUGCGGGCUGGCUGGUGGGAGUGAAGGAAUCAGACUGGCUCCAGUACAGAGACCUCGCCACCUACAAAGGCCUCUUCCCAGAGAACUUCACCCAGCGCCUGGAGUAGGGCCCAGAGGGUUGUAGGAAGACCCUGGUUUUGAGGUUUCUAAACCUUCAUGAAAACCUGAAGAAUUCACUUUUGCUAUUACACUCUUAGUGACUUGCAGACUGAUGCCAGAUACAGGUUGGAAGGAUAUAUCCAUGGAGCAUGUGUGCAAAAAAAAAAGUGUAAGAAAAAAAAAAAGCAAAUGAAGGAGAAAGUCCUCACUGGUUCCCAUGUUAUUCAGAACAAGUUUGUUUGUGCUGUGUCCGAGCUGUGGAGACUCUUGUACUUGACCCCCUCCCACCGAUUCUAAAGUAGCUUUCUCCAGACCAGAACCUUAACUUGUGGUACCAAGUGUGUGGUAUGGAGUGGCUGCCCUGCAGCAGACGUGCUGAAUUAUCCUGUAGUACAGGUUGUGUCAUUCCCCAGGGCAGGUGUGCCCACGUGCGCACGCUCCUCUCUCUCUCUUACAAGUUUACUGUGUUUAAAACGAAAGUGCUGCAAACGUUUUCAGUGUUCUUUUCCAACACACCUCUGUCUCUCUCUCUCUCCCUCUAUAUAUACAU